AUGACCAUAUUCGGUUGGCAAAUGGCAGCAAUUAAGUAUGAGAAAGACCGUGCCGCGAAUAUGAUGUUGCCAAACUAUAAUCAGUACGGUAGAUUUGACAUUCCAACAUAUUACGAGAACUUUUGGCAGAGCCCAGAAGAACGAUUCUACACGGGUUCGUUUUCGACUGGAAUAAUCCACAGAUAG